AGAGAGAGAGAGAGAGAGAGAGGAUAUUCAAAUAAUAAAAAAAAGUUAAAUUGGAAGUAACUUGUUAGUAAUAAUGCAAAAUAAAUGUACUUAACCAUUUUAUUUGCUGAUAUUGUUGAAGUCUCCACAUCACUGACAAAAACUAAAUAAAGUGAUCAGAUGUACGACAAUUAUCUUGAUCUUGACGGUAUUAAAAGAAGUAAUUAAUUUAUUGGCAGUAUAUAGUAAAACAAAUAAUUUACUGUUAAGAUUACGAAGUACCCUCGGUAAACUAUAUAGGAGCUAGAGAGUGUACAGUAAAGUUUAAAAAAAGCGUGAAAAUAGCCAUGAAUGAACUUAUCUGCCAUGUAUAGCACCUCAAAUAUUGGUAUCAGAAUUCAAUACGAUAAUUUACCGCGGUGAGGAAAGUUUAUACGUAGCUACUAUUGAAAAGGAAAGUGUGUGAAUAAGAAGAGAGGACCGAUCAAGAGGAGGAGGACCCAAAAAGCGUUACAGGUUAAAAGAAGAAGAAGCCGAACUCUGCCAUUACAUCACAACGACAACGGGCUGGCGGGUCUCUCCUGGCUCUAAGAUACUCUAGAAGAAGAAGAAAACGAAAGGCCGUGGUCCCGCGGUCUAAGCAGCCCCCCCAAACACUGAAAAGGCUCUGUGCUAUUGUACCUACGUCAACACUCAGGAAACACUCUGCAAAGGUUGGAGCCCUGCACCCACGUCAACACUCAUGGAGCUGCCCCUGCAAAGGUUGGAGCCCUGCAGCUACGUCAACAUCCAAACUAGAGUAUUCAGCUGCCUCACUGGGCCCACUAGAAGCCUUUCAGCAACAAGAACAUCCUGAAAUUAGGUUGACCUUAGCCAAAAUAAUACAAGGUUUACUGUGAGUCCUAGCAGGAGGCUGCAGGGCUAGACAGCAGCAUGAGUGGCCAAGACAAGCAGGAACAGACUGUUGCAGGGGACAGGAGGGUCAGUGGUCAUCAGACGAAGCAACUUGCUGUUGGCAACUUCAGUAAUAAAGGAGAGAGGAAGUUUGUGUGUCUGGAAUGUGGGAAAGGAUUCACUGAGAAGGGUAACUACAACAGACACACCCUCACACACCCUGGUGUAAGAAACUAUGAAUGCCAAGAAUGUGGAAAAAAAUUCACCCAGAAGGCUGUCCUUGAUAGACACACCCUCACACACACAGGUGUAAGAAACUACGAAUGCCUAGAAUGUGGAAAAAAAUUUAUGCUGAAGUGUUACCUUAUAGAGCACACCCUUACACAUGCUGGUGUUAGAAACUAUGAAUGUCUAGAAUGUGGCAAAAAAUUUUACCGGAAGAGUUACCUUAAUAAACACACCCUUACACAUACUACUGUAAGAAACUAUGAAUGCCAAGAAUGUGGGAAAAAAUUCUACCAAAAGAGUCACCUUAAAAGCCACAUUCUUACACACAUGGGCGGAAAAAAGUAUGAAUGUCUAGAAUGUGGAAGGAAAUUCAGCCACAAGUGUACCCUCAAGACACACACCCUUACACACACUGGUGUGAAAAACUAUGAAUGCCAAGAAUGUGGAAAAAAGUUCAGCAUAAAGAGUAACCUCAAUAAACACACCCUUACACACAAUGGUAUACAAAACUAUAAAUGCCAAGAAUGUGGAAAAAAAUUCUCCCAGAAGUGUGACCUUGAUAGACAUACCCUUAUACACACUGGUGUUAAAAACUAUAAAUGCCAAGAAUGUGGAAAAAAAUUCAGCCUCAAGGGUGGCCUUGAUAAACACACCAUUAUACACACUGGUAUAAAAAACUAUGAAUGCCAAGAAUGUGGAAAAAAAUUCAACAAGAAGAGCAACUUUAAUACACACACCCUAAUACACACUGGUGUAAGAGACUAUAAAUGCCAAGAAUGUGGAAAAAAAUUCUACCAGAAGAACAACCUUAAUAAACACACCCUUACACACACUGGCAUAAAAAACUAUGAAUGCCAAGAAUGUGGAAAAAAAUUUAGUUACAAGAGUUACCUUAAUGCACACAGCAUUACACACACUGGUGUAAAAAGUCAUGAAUGUGAAGAGUGCGGGAAGAAAUUCAGUAGGAAAUCACAUCUUAAUGAACACAUCUUAAGGCACUAUGAUAUUAGAGAGUUCAAGUGUGAUGUUUGUUGUAAGCUCUUUAAGACAAAAUCUGAAAUUGCUAGACACGUGAAGACCCACUUUUGAAGUGUGUCUACGUACAGUCAUUAUAUUGACCAGGUUGUUAGCAGAAGCUGAGCUUUGUAGGGAAAGGCAAGUGAAGGAGAGGUAAAUCAUGUAAGACAAAGGAAGGUUUAUCUCUGAAGUGUUAAAAGUAGAGGAGUCACAAGAGUAAAAAGGGGAAAUAUUAAUGAGUGACUUUCCACAGAUGUGUCAGCUGCAUUUUGGUCUAGAUUCUAGAAUCUUGACCCUUGUUAAGUUUCAUAAUUACAGUGAGUUACCUACUCCUCUGCUAGUUGUCAGGCAAAUGAUUGUUACAUAACACUAAAAUUGCUGAAAUAUGUAUGUGAAUACAGUAAACACCUUGAAGACAACAAAUUAAUCGAUGAUUGUUAUUUGUUGCUUAGAACACACUUGCACCCUCACCUGACCAGAAGAUGCUGAUCCCCCCUCUUCCCUUUUGCUGUAACAUUGCCAGCCCCAAAUCAUUCCUGCUGCCAUGGGGCAGUCCCACCAUGACUCCACGAGUCACCUAUGAAUGGCUUUGCUCCCUUCCAACACUCACAGCCACACAAAAACAUUCAGCUUCAUGAAUAAUAUGUGCAUAGUUAAUCUGUUCUUGUAUCUUGAUAGAAUUGUGCAUUAUCUUUUCUCUUUGUGGAGGGGACUGUGCCCCAAAUCUUUUGUGUUAAUGUCACUGUAUAAUUGUUUCUGAAAUUAAUGGUCAAAUUGAAUCUUUGUCCAUGAAUCCAGUCCUUGCUGUAAGGUAUAUAAUCAUAAAUAGGUUCUACAGACGUUACCUCACAACCUAACUUCAUCACACAAACCCCUAUGAAACUCGGUGAGUUUGUCAUAUUACCAAAGCUGUUCAAAGUGAAGUAUCAUUGUGAUCAAAAUUCUUGGUUGAUAGAAAAAUCAAAUGUAAUCAAAAUUCUUGGAUAGAUAGAUGCAGAAAUAUAGGUAUACAUUAUGUAAUAGCUUGUGUAAUGCUUAUACAUACUGAAGAAAAGUACAAGAGCAAAUAAAAUACUUCCAAAGUACA